AUGAUUGCACAAGAAAAUAUAGACGAUCUAGUAGGGCAUAUCCUCCCAUACAUCACCCAACAUGCCGACCGGCUAGAAAGGCAAAGGCCGUUCCUACUAGCCCUUACUGGCCUGCAGGGGAGCGGCAAGACAACAUGGGCAUCAGCAAUAGUGCGCACGUUGAAUGAAAAACACAAAGUCAAGACUAUUGGCGUGUCACUAGACGACUUCUACCUAGACCAUGACGGCCUGGCGCGAGUUCGCGAGGAGAAUCCGAGCAAUAAGUUGCUCCGAGUGCGAGGCCAGCCAGGAACUCAUGAUACAGCCCUGGUAAUGGAAUUCCUCCGCAGCCUUGUUACGACGGCAGCGUCCCCUCAAGAAGUCCUCAUUCCGGAAUUUGACAAGAGCAAAUUCAACGGCGAGGGUGAUCGUGUUCCUAGAGAUCAUUGGAAGAAAGUCACAGUAUCCACGACGUCAACCAUCGACGUCGUCGUUCUGGAAGGCUGGUGUUUCGGAUUUCAGCCGCUCAGUGAGUCGGCAAUUGAGGAGAAAUGGAAGGAGGCCAAGAAUGGGCAGACUUCUUUGAAUGAUGGUAAUGAUGCAGAAUUCCCGACCAGAACACUGCAGAACCAUGCACUCUCUAGUUACAUUGAGAUCAAUCGCAACUUGAGAACAUACUGUGACAUGUUCAUGGGCCCGCAGCAUGUAGACUUCCUGGUCCAUCUUGACACGCAUGACUUGAUGAAUGUGUAUCGAUGGAGGUUGGAGCAGGAGCAUGCCCUUCACAAGAGCAAGAAUAGGGGAAUGUCGAAUGACCAAGUAAUUGAAUUUAUCAAGUGUUAUAUGCCAGCAUACGAGCUGUAUCUGGAUGCUUUGCGCCGGGGAUUCUUUAGCAGACUACCGGAGGAUGCGGGGGCACAAAAGGAGCACAAGAGGGUCAUUCUAGGGAGAGAUAGGAGGAUAGUCGGGAUAGUCACUUGUGGCUAG